CCCAGGGUUCCCAAAACACUCAAAAUGGACGAUAAACCCCGCAGUAUCCGAGGACUCUUCACAGAUGCCGAUCGCAAACGGCAAGCCAUCUUUUCCAGCCCUGACAGCAAUAGUACCAGCUUCCAAGAAAACCUCAACAUCACCAUUGCCACCUAUGAAUCCUGUCUCGAACUCUCCGAACAAGUUUCUCUCUUCAGCUCUAAUGAGACCCUGGACGAUGUUUCAUCCUCCGAUCUGCAGUACAUGACCAUCUGCUACCAACUAGCGGAUUUGGUGCAAAAGAUCACUGGGGAUCUAAGUAUAAGGAAAGAAAACUUGUUAAAAGCGAGGGGGUUUUAUGAGAGGUUUUUGAAGUUACUGGAUUCGUAUGAUAUGCUUGGCAAGAGUGAUUCACGACUGCUAGAAGCCUUUCUGGAGAAUAAGGAUCAAUUUUCAACGGCGAGCAUGAAAGAUGCGGCUGCUAGAAGAGGAACGAAGGUUGCAAGGUUCAGGGAAGAGAAAGAGCUGAAGCGAAAACUUGAGUAUCUACAGCAAAACCCGAAGGUUGCAGAGAACGAUGAGCAGGUCGUCCGAGAGUUGCACCUCGCGAACCUUGCAUUCAUGGUUCAUCAAACCUUCCAGUCACUGGAGUCUAUUGCACAAGAGCUACAUAUCCUAUCACUAGCUCCACCGGCUCCUCGGCAGGGCCAGAACACUCUAGCGCCAGACGCUCGCCAUUCAGAAAGGGACAGUGGAGACAAUUACUCCGACCGAUUAGAUCCCCAGUCUGCAGGCUGGAGGUUCUCUGGACCCAUCCUAAGUGGCGAUGGUAAACCACUUCGUCCAUUCACUCUACUCGACACUCGGCAGAGGCUACAGAAGGGUGUCUUCAGACCUGAUCACAAUCUUCCAACCAUGACCAUUGAUGAAUAUCUCGAGGAAGAGAAACGAAGAGGAGGUAUCAUUGAAGGGGGGGGUGAACAGUCAGGUAUUAGACCCGAGCCGGAUGAAGAUAAUGUUGAGAAAGCCGAUGAGGAAACUAUGAAGGCGCGUGCAUGGGACGAAUUCACUGAGGAGAAUCCGAAAGGAUCCGGAAAUACGCUGAAUAGAGGGUAAACGCUUGUUGGAGUCAUAUGAUAUAUCCAAUAUCCAGGCAGACACGAUAUGAAUGAAACGAAUCAUGUUUCAAGCCAAUCGGUGCAUCAAAUUAUCCUCCAAAGUUUAUAGCUCGACCUUUUCUGGCGCCAACUCCGGCCACUUCGUUAGGACUAGGUCGAGUAG